AUGGGCUCUCUUCCGGCUUCUCAGGGCAUGAAGAUCCUCGUGUGCCCCUCUGGAUUCAAGGGCAGUCUGCAGCCCGACGUUGCCGCUGACUGCAUUGAAGCGGGUAUCAAGUCUGUGAUGCCGGAGGCUUCAGUCCGCAAGGUCCCCCUUGUUGACGGAGGCGAGGGGUUCACUAGCGCGCUUGUUUCCGCAACUGGUGGCACGCUUCACCCUGUCACCGUCACCGGGCCUGUCGGUAUUCCGAUUGCGUCCUACUUUGGCAUACUGGGGGGUAGUAACCCCGAGAUGCCAAAGACUGCCGUCAUCGAGAUGGCAGCGGCCGCCGGCCUGAGCCUUGUGCCCGCCGACCUCCGCAACCCUGGGCUCACGACGACGUUUGGCGUCGGCGAGCUUCUCGCUGCUGCUCUCGGGGCUGGUGCAAAGAGGAUUGUCGUCGGGUGUGGCGACUCGGGCACAUGCGACGGCGGCGCUGGAAUGCUUCAGGCCCUUGGCGCUCGGCUUAUCGACCAUGACGGGCAUUCGCUUCCCAUUGCGGCGGGCGGCGAGUCUCUGCUCGGGCUGGCCAACAUCGACCUUAGCGGUGCCGACAAGCGGCUCAAAGACGUCAGCAUUGAGGUGGCCGUCAACUGGAACAACGUGCUGUCAGGCCCCGAGGGCGUCGCCAGGGUGUUCGGUGCUCAAAAGGGCUCCAGCGCCACGCAGACCGAGCGGCUGUCUGCGGCCAUGGAGGUGCUCGCUGUGGUUGCCGGCCGCCUGCUCUGCGACAACAUGGUGGGCCUGUCGCCCGGCGGAGGGGCGUCUGGAGGGUUGGGCACCGGUUUGCGGUUGAUCGGUGCCAAGCUCCGACCAAGAUAUGAGGUGGUGGCGGAGUACGUCGAUUUUGACGGGCUGUUUACCGACUGCGAUCUCGUUCUCACGGCUGAGGGAGGCAUCGACGACCAGACUCCCCGGGGCAAGAUUCCAGCUGAGAUUGGCAUGCGGGCAAAGAAGCACGGGCUACCCGUGAUUGCCAUCGCGGGGACCAUCGGGCCAGGGGCGCGGGUCAAUUACGACGUGGGAAUCGAUGCGUACACGUGUAUCUUGCAACGUCCAUCGACGCUGGCCGAGGCGAUUCUGGAGGCGGAGAAGCUGACACGGGAGAGCGCCGAGUGCGUCAUGCGGAUGAUUGUCGUGGGACGCAUGUUGGGGUCCAAGAAGCCCUUUUCCCCCAUGGCGCAGCCGCCGGCGUCGACAUGGGUGUAG